AUGAGGAGGCAGAAGGAAAUUAAAUCUGAUUUAGAGCGUAGUCAACCUUCUCCAGAAGUUUCUCCUUCAGAACCAUGUUUGAAAGAUAUUUUCUCAGAUGAACCAGAAAUUAUUCACAGAGGCAUACUAGGACUAUCAUAUCAAGUCAAAACAAACACACUUGUACCUUCUUCUCUUGGUCAUCCUGUAUUCAAAAGGCUAAAAGAAAUAAUUGAGACGAAUAACGAUUCAAUUCUCCUAUUUCAAGUUUAUGCACUUAUUUCCGAAAUGACAAAGAACAAAAUUUACGUUCACAUGUUUUACAAAGCCUUUCUUUAUGAGCCUGUAAUUGAAAAUCUAAAUAAGAACCCGUUUCUUGUUCCUUUACAACUAUCUCUAUCAAUAUUAUCAUCCAUGUAUAUGUGGAUCAAGUUUUCAGCCAAAAAUCUUAGGGAAAAAUUCCAUUAUUUUGAUCUUUUAAUUUGGUUAGCGAAUCAUGAGCAAAUUUCAUCCCAAGACCUCGAAUUUAUUAUCGAAGACAUUCUAGUCGCUUCAGCCCGCUUUACUAUUGACUCAGAAGGCUUAAAUAUUGAUGAUAUUCAACCAUAUUUCGAUAUCUUCAAUAAUUUGUCGAACAAUGAAAGGGCAUUUGUUUUUGCUAACAUAGCCGCCCUUGAUUUGUUCAACAAACUUAAGGAACCAUCAGAAAUUGACAUUACAAUUUUUUCUGACCGUAUUAUCCCAAUAAUGAACGACCUUGAUGAGGACAAACUCGAAAUACUUGCUAUUACGAUGCUCGCCAUCUCAUCAACUAGCGAUGAUCAGUGCAUUCACCUUGUUCAACAGCAUUUCUUCGAAUCAGCAACGAUGACGAUCAGAAAACCCGUCAAAAACAGUACCCUUUGUAAGAUCAUGGUCGCUGUACAGAACGUUGCCACUGUAAAAAUGCUCGCAGAACUUUUUAUUCAAUCUCCACUUUCGGAAGCGAUCAAAGGCAUCAUAGAAGAGUCGAACAUUGAUGUAAGGAAGGAAAUAAUAUAUCUCUACGCAUUACUUUGCGCUACUCAUCAAAUGGAUUCAUAUGUUCGUGAUAUUCCGAAUAUUUUGACGAUAACUUUUGAUUUAAUCGAGACAUUUGAUGAAAACCUGUCUGAAGAACAACAGAAAUAUAUUUAUUCCGCUCUUUAUUGCGCUGAUGUCGUAAUUAAGUACAAAAUCGCUUCAAAUGAUGAUGAUUUUGAGGGUGUCGACUUCUCUAUCUUAGAUGAAAUAGGAACGAAUGCAAGCGAACAGAUUUCUGUGCUUGCAAACCAAAUUCUCAAAAUUAUUCCAAAAUAA